GCUGCUAUAAAGAAGCCACUUUCCAAAUUUCAAACCACCGCCAAAUUGCUUCUGGGUUUGUUGAGUUCGAUUAGGAAAUUGCUUCUGGAGUCUUAUAUAAACAAAUCAAACUCACCAUCUUAGUUUUUUAUAAACAAAUCCCCUUUCUUGGUUUUUCUCUUUGUUAGGUUCGAUAUUAUUGAAUAAUUUUCACAUUAUGUCUAUCUACUAUAAGUUCAAGAGUGGGAAAGAAUUUCAUUCGAUCCCCACUCUUAGCCCUUUCAUGUCUGUUCUUGAGAUUAAAGAUUUAAUUUUUCAAUCCAAAAAAUUUGGUCAUGGAAAAGAUUUCGAUGUGAUUCUCACAAACCCAUCAACUAACGAGGAUUACAUAGAUGAUUCAACCCUUAUUCCUAGAAAUAGUUCUGUCAUUGUUCGGAGAAUUCCUGGAUUGCCUGGAAAAUCAAUAGUCGUCAAAUCAAAACAGCAGGAGGAGAAAGACAAAGAGGAUGAGAAAAUCAAAGAGAUAUGUCAACAAACAAUUAGUUAUGUGAAUGCAAACAACGGAACUGCUGCAGUAAGCUCUGCACAUCAAAGGGGUUUCAGCAAUGGUUAUUUGGGUGGAAGGCCAACAAUGGGGCAAAGGAUACCUCCAGAGGGUUACACUUGUCAUAGAUGCAAAGUUCCCGGGCACUAUAUUCAGCAUUGUCCUACUAAUGGUGAUCCUGAAUAUGAUGUUAAAAAGCGGAGGCCACCUACUGGUAUUCCCAAAUCAAUGUUGGCAGAGACUGCUGAUGGUUCAUAUGCACUGCCUGGAGGUUCUGUUGCUGUUCUGAAGCCUAAUGAGGUGGCUUUUGAGAAGCUUGUUCAAGGCAUACCAACUAUUAGUAGGCGGGUUAUCGAUAUUCCACCAGAACUUCACUGCCCAAUGUGUAAAGAUGUGAUGAGAUUUGCUGUGCUUAUAAGCAAGUGCUGUUUUCAGAGUUUCUGUGAUGGAUGUAUUAGAGGCAACAUUAUUUCAAAAUCCAUGUGUGUGUGUGGAGCUAGAGGAAUACUUGUGGAUGACCUCAUUCCUAACAAAACAAUUAGGGACACCAUUGACAGAUAUAUCGAGUCAGGUAACACUAGUUCAGGGAAUACAAAAAGUUCAAUUACUGCUGAAGAUGUAGGAACUGCUCGUUCUUCAAAGCCAAGAAUCCCAGCACCCAGUCUCUCCUGCACUUCAAAGACCGAAAAAAUUCCAUCAUGUCUUAGAAAGGAAAUUUCAGAUGGCAAUGAAAAUGGCCAGUCUGCACCAAGUCUUGAUUUAUAUGAAGAUGAAGCCGAGUCAACGAGUAGUAUGGUACAAACUAAUGCUGCAUUGGGGCAAGAGGAAGUGCAACAGCAGGUCCCUACUUAUGAGAACUUCACUGUUGAUGGCAAGCCGCUUUCACCUGGAGACCUAUUUUGGGGAACCUCUCAAGCUUUUGGAGCUAAUAACUGUAUGAUGCCUUUUGGCAAUUCAGCCUAUAACAUCCCAUAUUGGAAUUGUAUGCAGCUGGGAAUGGAUGCGUUUAUGGUUCCCUAUAAUGGUUACAUGGGUUAUGCAGCUGGUCCUUAUGAAGGAAUGUUCACUCAAAAUCAAAGCCCCUUUGGUCGUGGUCCAGGAGGGUAUGCAUUGCCAUGUGCUGCAUCUCAGACAAAAAAGAGGAGCAGAGUUACACCAUGUCAUGGGAAUGAUUGGGGUGAGGACGACGAGGAGAGGAAUUAUAAGAAGAAACAAUCAUGGCAGACGUCUUCCGUUUCAUGUCACGCAAAGUAGAAGAGGCAUAGCUGUUCAGCAUGUUGCAGAAUUAGAGAAGAAUGUAAAUUUCUGAUAUAGUCUUUGUAUCGUAUAUGUUAC